AUGUGUUCAUCCACAUAUCCAAAGGCCAACAUUUUGACGUUCAAGCUCUUGGACGACUUCCAGAAGGAUAGCCAUAAAGAUGAAACCCGUAUCAGGAGCUCAGUUCACAGACCAGCUCCAGCCAUGCCCUCUGCAAAGAACAGACUGGCCUUCGCUGUCUGCAUCAGAGAGAUUAAAGGAGUCAGUCCCAGAGUUCAGAAGGGGGUCCAGAUGUUACGACUAAGAAAGCUCUUCAGCGGUGCCUUUGUCAAAAUGAACAAGACCUCUAUGGCUAUGUUGAAAAUGGUUGAGCCUUAUGUGGCAUGGGGGUUUCCCAACUGGAAGUCUGUUCGUGAGCUGAUCUUGAAAAGAGGACAGGCAAAGAUUGACAAGGGAAGGGUCGCUCUCACAGACAACACAUUCACUGGGCAGCAUAUGGGCAAAUACGGCAUAAUCUGUCUAGAGGACCUGAUCCAUGAGAUCUACUCUGUGGGGAUGGACUUCCGUGUGGUCAGCAACUUCAUAUGGCCGUUCAAGCUGUCUGUGGCUCAUCACGCUGCCAGGGACGAGGCAGGUCUUUUGAAGGACAUCGGCAACCCAGGGCCCAGAGGGAUGGACGUUAACUCAAUCAUCAGGCAGCUGAACUGAGGCUGCACUGCAGACACUUUCACGUCAUACUUUUUCAUAGCCUACUCAUUGGUGGUUCUGUAAGUCAUUUCCUUGAUGUCUGCAAGAUUAUGAAUUGCCCAGUGUGGCAUGAUAAUAUAUAUAUAUUCUUUGAUCUCUUACAGAUUCAUAAGGAUUCAAUUAAUCUUUGUCUUACCACCACUGGGACCCAGCUGGCAGAGUUCAUACUGGACCUGAUCAGAAUUUUACACAUGGAAAGGCUGCCCCUCUCUGGACUACGUUGUGAUUAGACAGCAGUUUGUCUCUCCGUUUUGUUGAAGAGUUGGUAUUCUCAUGUUAGCACCUCUGCAGAGUUUCCAUAUUAAGGAGAUUCUAAUAGCUUUAUCACUACUUACUUUUACCCCUCAGGUUGUUGAAGGGAUGUAGUUAUGUAUGUGAGAUGAAUGUUUUUCAAUAAACUGAAGUAAUUUUUGUA